GCCUGCCCCGCGCUCCGCAGUGUCCCCGUGCGCCUCGAAGCUCCGCGCCGCCUGCCACGGCGCGCACCUUCCGCAUCUGCUCACCCCUUCCACCUGAGCUCUCCACAGCGGGCGAGGUGCUCGGCUUGUCGGGGCCCUCCUCCACAUCUCGCUUCACCUCCUCCUUACCGCGCCCCGCUCUCCACUGGAGCGGCAUAAUCGAGGGCUGCCCAAGUCGGGAAGGAGAUGCUCAGGGUCUCUGGGGCGCACCCUCCUGUCCCGCUCAGCCGCACCCAGCUUUGGAAGACACUCUGAGCAGCCAUUCUCGAGCUCCAGCUGAGAUACCUUCUCGCCUAGACUCCAAUCCUUGCCUAGACCCCCGACCCCAACGUUUUCCCAAGGGGCCGGGCCCCCUCUUGUCGUGUCCCUCAUGGCCAAGCCUCUGCUGCUGGUUCUCUGCUUCGCUCUGGUUGCGGCUCGGGGCUGGGAAUCCAGCACUCCCCCCACGGGAACCAGCGAGCCCCCAGACCUGCAGACGGUGGCGCCCACGGAGGACGAGACUCUGCAAAAUGAAGCGGACAACCAGGAGAACGUUUUAUCUCAGUUGCUGGGAGACUAUGACAAGGUCAAGGCUGUGUCCGAGGGCUCGGACUGUCAGUGCAAGUGUGUGGUGAGACCCCUGGGCCGAGAUGCCUGCCAGAGGAUCAACGAGGGGGCCUCCAGGAAGGAAGACUUCUACACAGUGGAAACCAUCACCUCGGGCUCGUCCUGCAAGUGUGCCUGUGUCGCACCCCCUUCGGCCCUCAAUCCCUGUGAGGGAGACUUCAGGCUCCAGAAGUUGCGGGAGGCUGACAGCCGGGACUUGAAGCUCUCCACCAUCAUAGACUUGCUGGAAGGAGCUUUCUAUGGUCUGGAUCUCUUGAAGCUGCAUUCAGUCACCACCAAACUGGUGGGACGAGUGGAUAAACUGGAGGAGGAAGUUUCUAAAAACCUCACCAAGGAAAACAAGCAAAUCAAAGAGGACAUGGAAGAAAUUCAGACCGAGAUGAGCAAGCGAGGCAAGGAGAACUGUUCCAGUUACAUCCUGGAGAGCAUGCCGGACAUCCGCUCGGCUCUGCAGGGGGACGCGGCGGCAGCCUAUGCCCACCCAGAGUAUGAGGAGCGGUUUCUGCGAGAGGAAACAGUGUCCCAGCAGAUCAACGCCAUCGAGCUCCUGCAGACGCGGCCUCUGGCUCCGCCUGAGGUGGUGAAGCCCCAGCGGCCCCUGCAGAGGCGGGUGCACCUGAGGGGCCGGCCGGCCUCCAAGCCCACCGUCAUCCGGGGCAUCACCUACUACAAAGCCAAGGACCCCGAGGAGGAGAAUGACAUCGAAGAGCAGCAUGACGAGUUUUUCAGCGGUGAAAAUGGAGUGGAUUUACUGAUUGAAGAUCAGCUGCUGAGACACGACAACCUGCUGACCAGCACCCCCCAGAGGCCAGCAGCCACCCAUCUCGACGUUGCUGGGACAACUGACCCCAGUGUCCCCACCACAGCCCUGCCCUCUGCUCUGCCCAAGGCCUCAACCUCAGCUCCUGGUGUCACUGACCCGCCUCUCUCUACCUCAGUGGAACCCCUCCCAACAACACUCCAAGCCACCUCUGAGUCUUCAGAUCCUAUGGGGGAGGAAGUCCUUAAACCUUCUACGCAGGUGCCAGCUACCACCGUGGCACAGACAGCUACCCAGCAACCUCCGGUCUCAGCUUCCCCCGCAGUGACUUCUGGGGACGCAUUUAUGGAAACUGCCAGCCCGGCUGCAGUUCCCCUCACCACCGUCAGGACAGACUCGCCGGGGAAUGAUGCCACCACCGGGCAGCGCGCAAUCCCCGCCAGCCCCACCCUGAGCCCCGAGGAAGAAGAUGACAUCCGGAAUGUCAUAGGAAGGUGCAAAGACACACUUUCCACAAUCACCGGACCAACCACCCAGAACACAUAUGGGCGGAACGAAGGGGCCUGGAUGAAAGACCCCUUGGCCAAGGACGAACGGAUUUACGUAACCAAUUAUUACUAUGGCAACACCCUGGUUGAGUUCCGGAACCUGGAGAACUUCAAACAGGGUCGCUGGAGCAAUUCUUACAAGCUCCCCUACAGCUGGAUUGGCACGGGCCAUGUGGUGUACAAUGGUGCCUUCUACUACAACCGGGCCUUCACCCGCAACAUCAUCAAGUAUGACCUGAAGCAGCGCUACGUGGCCGCCUGGGCCAUGCUCCACGACGUGGCCUAUGAGGAGACCACGCCCUGGCGGUGGCAGGGCCACUCCGACGUGGACUUUGCUGUGGAUGAGAACGGCCUGUGGCUCAUCUACCCGGCCCUGGACGACGAGGGCUUCAGCCAGGAGGUCAUCGUCUUGAGCAAACUCAAUGCCGUGGACCUAAGCACGCAGAAGGAGACCACGUGGCGCACGGGCCUCCGGCGGAACUUCUAUGGUAACUGCUUUGUCAUCUGCGGGGUGCUGUAUGCCGUGGACAGCUACAACCAGCGGAACGCCAACAUCUCCUAUGCCUUCGACACCCACACCAACACACAGAUCAUCCCCAGGCUGCUGUUUGAAAAUGAGUAUUCCUACACCACCCAGAUAGACUACAACCCCAAGGACCGCCUGCUCUAUGCCUGGGACAAUGGCCACCAGGUCACCUACCAUGUCAUCUUCGCCUACUGACACCCCAGCCCCAGCAAGCAGAAGCUGCAGAGGGGUCAUUAGCACCUUGAGUGUGUGUUUGUGAGUGUGAGUGUGUGUAGAGGGGCAUAUGUUGUUUAAAAAUUAUAUAUUAUUUUGUGUAAUAUUACAAAUGGUGAAAUGACAAUUUGGUUUAUUUUUUUUUUACAUGGAUUGUAGAUCAAUCCAUAUGUGUAUGUGCUGGCCUCAUCCUCCACGGAUUAUAUUUUUGUGCAAAUGUACUUCUCCUUUGGACCAGUAACCACCUUCUUUCUAACCCCCAAUGCCUCCAGCUCCCAGAUCUUGACUGUUGAAAAGGUUUCUUCAUUUGGGUCUUGCAGACGGCACUAGGAGCAGGAGCGAAGGAGGCAAGAAAGAAGGGCUAGGUGGUGGGGGAAAAUGUUUAUGUAUUGGAGAAAUUUAAA